AUGCAUUCCAAAAACCUCGCUCUCGCCCUCAUCGCCACAGCAGCAACCACUGCCGUCGCCGAAUUCGCAAUCAUCACCACGCCCCUACCCACCAACCUCGACGUGCUCACAAACAUCGAGGCCUACAAAUCGUCCAUCCUCUCCGAAGUCUCGUCGGGCCUUGCGUCGCUGACGGGCAACAGCGCCGCCGUGCGCAGCGCCUCGUCGGCCCGCGCCGGCCUCGCCUCGUUCGUCGCCACAGCCUCGUUUUCCAUCCCUCCCCAAGUCACGCAGCUCACGGCCGUCGAGACGUUUUCCGCCACCCCGGCCUGGUACUCGGCCCUGCCCAGCGACGUCAAGGCUUACUACGACAAGUUCAACCAGGAGGUCCAGGGCUUGAUUGAUCAGGCCAUCUUGGGUACCUCUGCCGCCGCCACCCCGGCCUCGGGCGCGACCGCAAAGCCCACCGGCGCCUCGGCUGGUGCGAAGCCUACCGAGACGGGCGCUGCUGCUAUCCUGCGAAGCCCUGUGGGCGCCAUGGGCGCUGGCAUCGUGGCUGCGUUUGCGGGCGUCAUGGCUUUGUAA